UAGUAGUAGAUCAUAAGAGCUGAAUUUCCUAAUAAUUUGAAGCUGGUUGUGUUAUUUCUCUUAUGCAUAAGUGAAAUGAAUUGCAAAAAUCAAGAAUGUUCACUGCCUCUUCCCCCUCCAUUGCCCUCUAGCAAAACAGGAUUGUUAACAAGUGGAUUGAAGAAAAGGGAGAAUUGCUUCUGUGCUCACAAUGCUGUAAACACUUCGUUGGAUCGUCUCUUCGAUGAGGCCUACCGAGCUGAUAUCUCCGUUUCAACUGAAGAUGGUGGCAUCAUCUAUGCUCACUCCAGUAUUCUUGGAAUGGCUUCUCCAGUCUUGAAGGCUAUGCUGACCAAAUUGAAAGGCCGAGGUCAGAGGAAACCGCCAUCAAUCCUAAUUCGCGGGGUUCCAUCUGAAGCUGUUUGUGUCUUCAUCCGAUUCCUAUAUUCAUCAUGCUACGAAGAUGAAAAGAUGAGGGAAUUCGCGAUGCAUUUGUUGGUGCUGUCUCAUGCAUAUGCCGUUGGACAGCUAAAGCGUGUAUGUGAGCAUUGGCUGGAGACGAAACUGAUCAACAGCGAAAAUGUGGUUGAUAUCUUUCAACUUGCCUUGCUGUGUGAUGCUCCUCGUCUGAGCGUCAUGUGCCAUCGCUUCAUUGUAACACACAUCAAGGCAGUUCAAGCCACGGAUGGGUGGCAGGACAUGCGAACAAGCCAUCCAGUCCUGGAGAAAGAACUGAUUCAGUCUUUGGCCGAUGAAGACGCUCUACAAAAGGACAGGAGGCGGAAGCAGAACGAGAGGAAGAUGUACAUGCAGCUGUACGAAGCAAUGGAGGCGUUAGUUCACAUAUGCAGAGAUGGAUGCCGGACUAUAGGGCCACACGACAAGGCCCUAUGCGAUGAUCAAGGCCCUUGUGAAUACUCGGCUUGUAAGGGCCUUGAAGCACUCGUUCGCCACUUUGCUGGAUGUAAGACGAGAGGCACAGGAGGAUGCGGCCAAUGCAAGCGAAUGUGGCGAAUCUUGGAGCUGCACUCGCGCCUUUGCCCCAGUUGGGACGAUUGCAGAGUGCCAUUGUGCAGAGAGUUUAGGCAGAGAAGAAGAAAACAGAACAAAAAAGAUGUUAGAUGGAGAAUUUUGGUGAAGAAAAUAGUGAGAUCAAAGAGUAUAACUGGAGCCCCUUUCCUCUCUUUGGAUUCAACUUAAUACAGGGAACGGAAGAUGAUAUAAUUGAUAUUAUCCCUUCUCUUGUCAUUUUUUGAUUAGCUCAUUUCAUAUUUGUAUAUAUCCCUUUUUGUGAAUUCAUAUAUCUAUAUAUUUUUUCAUUAUUGAAAAGACGAA